AUGUUACCGGCAUCGACGCGAGGGCUGCCAGCCAGCGCGCUCGUUUUGCUUGCGGUUCUGCUGGUGCUUUUGGCGAUCCUGCCGGGCGUCACGGCGUCUGUGGGCGACCGCCUUCCAGAGUUCCGCGAAUGCUUGGAAGUGUGCAAAGCCGAGAACUGCGGGCCGAACAAGCCAGCAACACCUAUUCCUUUCCACCUCCGCUUGUUACUUUGGGACUGCGCCAGCGAGUGCGAUCAGACCUGCCAGCGUAUCAUCACCGGUCACCGCCUCGCUGCCGGCGUCAACGUCGUCCAGUUUCACGGCAAGUGGCCCUUCUUCCGGCUCUUUGGCAUCCAGGAGCCCGCGUCUGUCAUCUUCUCGCUCGGCAAUCUGUGGGCCCACGUGGCUGGCCUGCGCCGCUUGCGCCGCCUCGUGCCCGCGUCAUACACGCUGCGGCCCUAUUACAUUGGCUUUGGCACCGUUGGCAUGGCCGCAUGGAUUUUCAGUUCCAUUUUCCACACCCGCGACUUUGUCCUCACCGAACGCCUCGACUACUUCGCCGCUGGUGCCUCUGUGCUCUACGGUCUCUAUUUUACGGUUAUCCGCGUCUUCCGGCUAGACCGCCCGGUGCGGGAGUCGGUGCGGUCCGUGUGGACGGCAGUGUGUAUUUGCUUGUACCUGGCCCACGUCGGGUUUUUGACCCUGAUCCGCUGGGACUACGGUUACAACAUGGCCGCCAAUGUGGCUUGCGGCAUCGUUCAGAACGCGCUUUGGAGCUGGUUCUCGUACCGCGAGUGGACGCGCAUGCGGCGCUUCUGGGCGGUGUGGCCCGGUAUUGCUGUGGCCUGGGUGAUGCUGGCCAUGAGUCUUGAGAUGUUUGACUUUUCGCCCAUCUGGGGCGUCUUUGACGCGCACUCUCUGUGGCACCUGGGAACCAUUGGGCCUACCAUUCUGUGGUACAACUACUUGGUCCGCGAUGCACUUAACAACCUUUCCGGCAAGGAAAGAUUAAAAGAUUAA